AUGGCAAGUGAACCCGAAUUUUCACGUGCAAGGCACAUGCAGUAUUUUAGCACAGACGAUGAUGACGAAGAAGAGGAAGGGGGGUUAAUGGAAGGAGAAGAAGGAGAGGAUGAUGAAGCUGAGGAAGAAGAGAGUUCACCACGUGAUUGCGGGAGCGGCUUGUAUUUCAUGUGCGGUCGUCGCCGGAGAGGUUGGUCUUUGGGGCAGGUUUUGGACCCGAGAGCCAAAUGGGUUCAAGAAUGGAAUAGGGUUUUCCUCCUCGUGUGCGCCACGGGCCUCUUCGUAGACCCAUUGUUCUUCUACGUCCUCUCUAUAAGCGACACGUGUAUGUGCCUCUUCAUCGACGGGUGGUUCGCUAUCACGGUGACGGCGCUCCGCUGCAUGACCGACGCCUUGCACGUCUGGAACAUGUGGCUGCAACUGAAGAUGGCCAAGAGAUCAUCGUAUGGCAGUAACGCCACCCAUGGUGGUAGUGACGUCGGCGGAGGAGGAGGAAGAGAAAGGAGUGGACCCCUCGGCGCCAACGCUCGACGUGUGGCCAUCAAGUACUUGAAAGCUAGGAAGGGAUUCUUCUUUGAUCUCUUCGUAAUCCUCCCUCUACCGCAGGCUGUAUUAUGGGUGGCAAUUCCAUCGUUACUGGAAAAAGGGUCGGUAACCCUAGUAAUGACGGUGUUCUUGAUCAUCUUCCUCUUCCAAUACCUGCCGAAGAUCUACCACUCCGUCUGCCUCUUACGGCGCAUGCAGAACCUCUCCGGCUACAUCUUUGGAACCGUUUGGUGGGGGAUUGCUCUCAACAUGAUUGCUUAUUUUGUGGCCUCACAUGCUGCCGGGGCAUGCUGGUACUUGCUAGGGAUUCAGAGGUCUGCAAAGUGCAUGAAAGAGCAAUGCAGGGUAGUAGAGGUUUGUGACCCGAGACUGUUGGCCUGCAAAGAGCCAAUUUACUAUGGAACAAGUAAUAUGGUGAGGGAUAGAGCAAGGCUGGCUUGGGCAGAGAACAAGCAAGCAAGAAGAACAUGCAUAGAUAGUCCUGAAAACUAUGAUUAUGGAGCUUAUAAAUGGACUGUCCAGCUUGUAACAAAUGAUAGCCGCCUUGAGAAGAUUCUUUUUCCCAUCUUCUGGGGCCUCAUGACUCUCAGCACUUUUGGGAACUUGGAGAGCACCACAGAGUGGUUAGAGGUUGUUUUCAACAUCAUUGUUCUCACCAGCGGACUUCUUCUAGUCACAAUGUUGAUUGGAAACAUCAAGGUGUUUCUGCAUGCAACUACGUCAAAGAAACAAGCAAUGCAGCUGAAGAUGAGGAAUAUAGAGUGGUGGAUGAGGAAGAGGCACCUGCCUUCAGGGUUCCGGCAGAGGGUCCGGAACUACGAGCGACAACGGUGGGCGGCGAUGCGCGGAGUCGAUGAGUGUGAGAUGAUCAGGAACCUCCCAGAGGGGUUGAGGAGAGAUAUCAAAUACCAUCUCUGCCUGGAUUUAGUUAGACAGGUACCAUUGUUCCAACACAUGGACGAUUUGGUUCUAGAGAAUAUCUGUGACAGAGUCAAGUCUUUAAUCUUCACCAAAGGAGAAACUAUCACCAGAGAAGGUGACCCUGUACAAAGAAUGCUGUUUGUAGUAAGGGGACAUCUCCAAAGCAGCCAAGUUCUCAGGGAUAGUGUGAAAAGUUGCUGCAUGCUUGGCCCUGGAAAUUUCAGUGGCGACGAGCUCUUGUCAUGGUGUCUGCGGAGACCCUUCAUCGAGAGACUCCCACCCUCUUCUUCAACACUCGUAACUCUUGAAACUACCGAGGCAUUUGGCCUGGAAGCUGAGGAUGUUAAGUAUGUUACACAACAUUUUCGAUAUACGUUUGUUAAUGAAAGAGUGAAGAGGAGUGCAAGGUAUUACUCUCCAGGGUGGAGGACUUGGGCGGCUGUGGCAAUUCAGUUGGCCUGGAGGAGGUAUAGGCACCGGUUAACGCUUACUUCUCUGUCGUUCAUUAGGCCUCGGAGGCCUUUGUCCAGGAGUAAUUCACUGGGGGAGGACAGGCUCAGGCUUUAUACUGCUAUGUUGACUUCACCAAAGCCGAAUCAAGAUGAUUUUGACUUUUGAAAAGAGUGAAUGUGCAGCUGUAUUUUGUUCUAACAUUAUAGAUUUGCAUAUGUUCUGAUACCAUUUGUAACGAUCUGGUUUACUACGAGAGAGUCCUGUUUGUUUUGACUCGACCCCCUGGUGUAUCUACAUCUGUAUCAAUACAUAUUUAAUCUUUCAUGUAAAAAGACUAGGAUGUUGUUAAGGCAACAGGUUUUCAAGGAAGUUUUGGAGGAUCGGUACCAGUUUUCUUAUCCUGCUA